AUGGCUUCCGUGGAGCAUUGCCUCUACUGCUUCGAGGCUCUCGCCUCGCACCUCGAGAAGCGGCCCGGCCUCUCCCUCAAGGAGAUCCAGCGGUCAUGGCCCGAGUACGCAAAGACCCUCGGUGACGGCAAGGAUGGCAGCAAGAAGCUCCUCCCGGCACUCCAGCGUCUGGCCGAACCUGCGAGCGACUCGGCAUCGGCCUCCUCCAGCUCCACCGUUUCGCUGACCGCCGAGACUCCCGCGACAUCCACCGACUCCCUCCCGGACGGCGGCGACGAUGACGAGGACGGCAACGCUUCCAUCACCGAGUCCCCGCUCUUCGUCACCUGGAACACCAUCUCCCCACGCUCGGGCCACCGCUCGCUGCGGGGUUGCAUCGGCACCUUUGAGGCGCAGGACCUUGAGGACGGCUUGUCGAGCUACGCACUCACCUCGGCGCUGCACGACACGCGCUUCCCGCCCGUCGAGGCGUCAGAGCUGCCCUCGCUCGAGGUGGCUGUGACGCUGCUCACCGACUUUGAGGACGCCGAAGACGCCAUGGACUGGAUCAUCGGCGUGCACGGCCUUCGCAUCAGCUUUAUGUACCACGGCAAGCGGUACGGCGCGACGUACCUCCCGGACGUCGCCGUCGAGCAGGAGUGGACCAAAGAGGAGACGCUCGUAAGCCUGAUGCGCAAGGCCGGGUGGAUGGGCAGCAAGAGCAAGUGGCGCGACGUCGAGCUCAAGGUCGUGCGGUAUCAGGGCAAGAAGGAGUCUUUGGAGUAUGGCGAGUACAAGAAAUGGGCCGACUGGGUCAAGAAGAACAAGGUCAAGUCCGGCUGA